CAAAACCCCGACCGCCUCUCCGCCAUGAACUGACUCGUGAUGGCCGCCCUGCUGAUGAUCAUUCAAGACACGCGAUCCACCCUACUCGGGACCUAUUGUUCGAGUCUCCCAUCGCCAUAACUACAAUCAAAACUGGGUUGUGUUGCUCGCCCUAGACACCGCAUUCGCAAUCUGUCUGCUACAAAUCUCAGCUUCUAUUGGACCGAAGGUCGAUAUUCGAGUAAUCAUGGACUUCCUUAUCGUGGCGGGCGGCCGUGCCCCCGCAGUCCUCGCUUCACCUGACGCCGGCGAGGCCCUCUCGGGAGUCUUUGGGAGCGUUAGCCUGACUGCGUGGAUAUGUCUCUUGCUUCCCCAGCUCAUCGCAAACUACAAGGCCAAGAGCGCCGACGCCCUAUCGAUGAAGUUCCUCGUCAUAUGGCUGCUAGGCGAUUUAUCCAAUCUCCUAGGCGCAAUCUGGACAAGCAUUGCCCCCUCCACAGUUGCUCUCGCGUGCUACUUCUGCUUCGCGGAUAUGAUUCUCAUCACCCAAUGCACAUACUACAAUAAUCUCAAUGCGCGGAGGCGUUCCCGCACCCAGCGGAGACGAGGCUCGUCGACGGCCACCGAGGACACGGAUGCGACGGUAGUUGAAGAUGCCGACGAGGAUGAGCAUGAAGCCGGACAUGGGCACGGCGCCGCCUCCGAGAACGACCCACUCAUCAACCGCAGGAGCAGCCACCAUCACCGCCGCCGCAGCGAUUCGCUCGGCCUGCCUGGCUCACACCGCCGCCACUCUAUGCGACGCAGCGAGAGCAAUCUCGACCCUCUGACGCGCAUCAUCACUGGCGAGGACGACACCCCUGACAGCAACCCCUGGCUGCACAAUGCGCUGAGCUUGCUAGCCGUCUGGGUUGUUGGCGGAGCCGGGUGGUUCAUCGGGUACAAGAUGGGCGCCUGGGAUGUCGCCGACGGUCUUCCUGAUAGCGGGGCGGGAGAUGUGCCGGCGGCGGCCAAGCCGACCGCUGUCAUUGGGCUGGCGCUGGGAUAUUUCAGUGCAGUGUGCUACCUCUGUGCGCGCAUCCCUCAGAUCAUCAAGAACUACCAGGAGAAGUCGUGUGAGGGGCUCGCCCUCCUGUUCUUUUUGCUAUCCUUGACGGGCAAUUUCACAUACGGCGCAAGCGUCCUCUCGUACUCGCAGGACAGGGCCUACAUCCUCCGCGCUCUGCCAUGGCUGCUGGGCUCCCUCGGGACUAUCGUCGAGGAUCUAAUAAUAUUCGCCCAGUUCAGGUUAUACUCACCCGGGCGGCAAGCGAAGACAAACGACCUUGCUUGAAGACAACAAAUGUCUUGCUAAGGGGGCUAUAUCGCAUAGGUUUUUGACCAUCAGCCUUGCCGCAGAGAAAAGAGAAGGGCGGUUAUAAGAGGAUUGGAUGGGGUUCGAAUUUAGGGAAGGUUUAAUGAUAAUUGAGGAAAGAUAUCUCUGGCAAUUU